AAGACAAAGCACACACAAUACAUACAGCAGCAACUAAUAAAGAAAAAAGAAGCCUCCCGCUGAAGCUUCGAAUCCUCUUCCAUUCCCUCCCUCUCACCAGCACUCGAGCAGCAAGCAACCAAGCUCCCAAGGACCCCAGAACGCCCCGAGCUCCCCACUCCCUCGCAGCCAAUCCGAUCAGGCAAGCCCGGAGCACGUCCAUGGAGAAGUACGAGCUCCUCAAGGACAUCGGCUCCGGCAACUUCGGGGUGGCGCGGCUGAUGCGGAACAGAGAGACCAAGGAGCUCGUCGCCAUGAAGUACAUCCCGCGCGGCCACAAGAUUGACGAGAAUGUGGCCAGGGAGAUCAUAAACCACCGCUCGCUGCGGCACCCCAACAUAAUUCGGUUCAAGGAGGUUCUGCUCACGCCUACGCACCUCGCAAUCGUCAUGGAGUACGCCGCCGGCGGCGAGCUCUUCGACCGGAUCUGCACCGCCGGAAGAUUCAGCGAGGAUGAGGCGAGGUAUUUCUUCCAGCAGCUGAUUUGUGGCGUUAGCUACUGCCACUUCAUGCAAAUUUGCCACCGGGACUUGAAACUGGAGAACACGUUGCUGGAUGGUAACCCAGCUCCGCGUCUCAAGAUCUGCGAUUUUGGAUACUCCAAGUCAUCGCUGCUGCACUCGAAACCCAAGUCCACUGUUGGGACUCCUGCAUACAUUGCUCCGGAGGUGCUCUCUCGCCGGGAAUACGAUGGCAAGAUGGCAGACGUGUGGUCUUGUGGAGUGACCCUUUAUGUGAUGCUUGUUGGUGGAUACCCUUUUGAAGACCCUGAUGAUCCCAAGGAUUUCCGAAAGACGAUCGGGAGGAUCGUGUCAAUUCAAUACAAUAUACCGGAGUAUGUCCACAUAUCGCAAGAUUGUAGGCAACUCCUCUCUAAGAUCUUUGUCUCGAAUCCUGCAAAGAGAAUAACGAUAAGGGAGAUCAGAAACCACCCCUGGUUUCUGAAGAACUUGCCUAGAGAGUUAACAGAAGUUGUACAAGCAAAGUACUACAAAAAGGACAACAGUGCUCCGAUCUUUUCUGACCAAACCGUUGAAGAGAUCAUGAAAAUUGUUGAGGAUGCACGCACGCCACCUCCAUCAUCUGUUCCGGUGGCUGGUUUUGGGUGGGCGGAGGAAGAAGAUCAAGAAGAUGGAAAGAGAUCUGAUGAGGAACACAAGAACGACGAUGACGAUGAGGAAUAUGAUGUCGAGGACGAGUAUGACAAGCACGUAAAGCAAGUCCAUGCUAGUGGAGAGUUUCAGAUCAGCUGACGAGAUCAGGUUGCCAACCAGAGGAAAUUUGAUUGCAUGAGAUAUUGUUUAUAUUUGUGGUAGUUAUGGGGGUGCUGUUUGUUUUGUAUUCUUGUAAUUGUUGUCGUUGAGGGUAUCUUUUUUUUGGUGUGAUAUUACAAAUUUGUAGAUUAUCAUACUGAUAGUGUCAAUGUAAUUGCAGUAAAGGGUUGAGUUUUUAAGCUA